CUCAGUCUGAUUCACUGCAACUCUUAGCAUCUGUCGGGGAGCCACCCAAGCCAAUGGAGAGACUAUGCCCGCGUUUUGCAAAUCCUCAGUAAUAGGCACCGUCAAGCUAUCUAGCUCUGAGAACGAGCUCUUUCCCGACCGGUAAUGCAUGCUUCCAAACGUUCGUCAGCACGGUAGCAGGCAGGUAGAUAGAAACUCGUAAAAAACCGAAGAGGUCCAGAACAGCACACCCAACAGCAAAAUUUAUUUUUGUCAGAAAAUCGGGAGCAAUUUGUGGACUAGAUGAUAAGAAAAGUCUCACAUAGCACGUUCAACAUGAAGAGAAGACAUCUGGUCAAAAGGGGUCUUCAAGAUGCCAACCAACUGUCAUCGCAGCCUGAUAAAAUAGGCUGGAUUCGCAAGUUUUGUGGCAAAGGGAUUUUCAGGGAAAUAUGGAGAAAUCGGUUUGUGAUGCUUAAGGGGGACCAUUUGUAUAUUUUUGAGAAAGAGAUGAAGAAUGAUGGGAAGACACAUGAAGUGUUUGACCUGGUGGAGUACGAGCGCUCAGAGGAGGUAUGCAAGGCCCACAGCCACAGCAAGAAGAACCACAGCAAGUUUGCCCUCCUGUGCUGCCAGCAGCCGGGCUUCCGGACUCCCAAUCUUGUAUUUUUGGCUGUUAGUCCAGAGGAAAAAGAGUCCUGGAUUAAUGUUCUUAACACUGCUAUUAACAGAGCCAAGAACCGCAUUCUGGAUGAGGUCACAAUUGAUGAGGAGAGCCUUCUGGCUCACCCUACACGUGACCGUGUCAAGAUCCCCCUCCGGCGCCGCUUGCCCACCCGGGCUCAUCUCAUGGCUGUGGCCUCCACAACCUCAGAAGGAACGCUGACUUUGGACCUGGUGCAUGAGGAGGAUGGCACAUUGCUUGAGGACGAUCGUGCUGUGUGGGUCAAAGACAAUCGUGGGAAACUAGACUUGUUGGCUCCUGGUAGGAGGCGUGCUGAUACAGAUGUCUCCAGGCCCCGAGCAACUUCCAUAGAGGAUGGGGUGAAGACCAACAGCCUACCCCGUGGGAGUGAGCUGUUCUGGAGCCACCAGAGCCAGACACACCACGCCCAGCCUGGUUUGAAGCUCUUAGCUCAGGGAAGGAGUCGCUGUGGCUCCAUGGAUGAUGCCCUGUCCCGAGGAGAAUGGCAGGCCACCAAGAACGAUAGGUUCAAAUGCCCAGACAUGCUAUUCCAGACUCCCAUAAACCACCUAGAGGACUUGAUCACCCAGGGGCUACAGCGGACCCAGGAGCUACUGGCUGAAAUCCAGGAGCAGGUACCUCACAGGACCCAGAUAGGCUCCCAGCCCCAUCUGAGGGGUGUUGACUCCCCACGUUUGCGACAUUUGAGGGGCUCAGAGUCUCCACAUUCCAAGAGCUCUAACUCCCACAACUCAGCUCUUGGGAAAAAUACAAACUCUUCCCCGCAACUUAAAGCCAGGGACUCGCCCACUUCAAAGACGAUGGGUUCGCCCCGUGUGAAGGCAAAAGAUUCUCCUCUUUGGAAGACGUCAAAGUCCCCUCAUUCCAAGGGUGCAUUCCAUUCAAAGAGUGUUGAUUCGCCUGAUUCAAAGGAUUCCAACUCACCCCUUAUGAAAUACAUUGACUUGACCCACAUCAAGGGCUCAGACUCACCACUUUCUGCUGGCUCAGCUUCAUCCCAUGCAAAGGGCAUAGAUUCGCCCAGUAUCUGGCUUUCAAGUUCACCCCAUUUGAAAGGGCCAAGGGGAAUGGACUCUCCUCUCAGCCAUGCGCCAGACUGGGACAGCAGGAGGGCCACAGCUGAACGACUGCUGCAGGAAGCUCUCUCCUCCUGGGAGGAGGCAAGGGAGGUCCUGGCAGAGGUGAAGGAGCUACAGGCCAGACAACAGCGAGCAGAGCAGAGCAAGAUUGCAUUCACCUACAUGCCCUCACAGCGCAAAAAGCAGAAAAGCCCCUGAUACAUUUAUAGCCACAUUGCUUUAUGGAACUCAUGGGCAUAUUCUUACCUAAUUAGAUGAGACAGCACUAUAAACACACACAAUGCACUAGUUUUUUAAAUUCUCUUCCAUAAAUACUCUCAUAGUAGAUUAUUGAUAUUAUUCAUUGCAUCUCCAAUGUGUCUCUACUUUUUUGCACUGUAAAUUGCUGUAAAUUUAUUUUUAGCUGUACUCUUGUCUCAGUAAUGUAAAGGUUAACUUCUUUUGCUUUUGUUAAAAAUUGGAUUUGUUUGUUAUACCACCCUCGGUGGACCUUGGGGGUUUGUGUAACAAACACUUUUUACAGUUUGUUUCAAGGUUUGGGUAGUGUAUGAUGAGUAUUUUAAGCUGCAUAAAGCAGUAGGCUGUCAAUUUUAGGUCAGAUAUUGUUGUGACCCACACAUACAAAAGCCCUGGGGGUGGUGGUGUCAUACAUGCCCCUCUCUGACCACCUGGCCAUAAUGUACAUUUGUAUUUCAUUCCAAGCUUUUGCAUCAAAAAAUAUAUUAAUAAAUAAAUAAAUAAAUUUAGUGACCAUAUUGAUUAAUUUUGACCAUAUUGCAGAUAUUUACAUGGCAACAUUUACA